UGUAGCAGGUCACAAAGUGUAAACAACUUUUUUUUUUUGUUGCACUUGACGGACAGCUUGUUGGACGUUGCCAUUGUACGAACUCGACCAUACCCCUCCCUCCAUCAUUCAUUCCAUUCAUAUCCCAAUGGCCGUUGAAAAGAAAAAGAAGGAUCCCGUACUGGCCCUGGUGCCAAAGUAUGCCCGUGAUAAAAAACUCAAGGGAACUAUCAAACGGCGGGAGAAGCAGUUCAAAGAGGCGGCGUACAAGGCGGCGUCGUCCGAGAUUCUGUUGACGGAGGAAGGCGGGUUUCUGGAACCCGAGGGCAUUGAGAAGACAUACCAGCUCUCGCAGGCGGCCCUGGGCAAGGAGGUUGAUCUGGCAACGUCCCACAAGAUGUUCACGCUCGAUCUCAAGUUUGGACCGUACUCGAUUGAUUAUACACGCAACGGACGACAUCUUCUGAUCGGCGGACGGAAAGGACAUGUGGCAGCGUUCGACUGGCAGGCAGCCAAGUUGGGGUGUGAACUGCAGCUCAGGGAGACAGUUCGGGAUGUCAAAUGGCUGCACAACGAGACGCUGUUUGCGGUGGCCCAGAAGAAAUAUGUGUAUAUCUACGACAAGACGGGCAUGGAGAUCCACUGCUUACGGAACCAUAUCGAGGUCAACAAACUGGACUUUUUGCCAUACCACUUCCUGCUCACCACCAUCGGAAACACAGGAUACCUCAAAUACCAGGACACAUCGACGGGAAACCUCGUGGUGGAACACCGCACGAAACUCGGGAAAUGCAACGUCAUGACCCAGAACCCCUCCAACGCCAUCAUGCACCUCGGCCACGGCAACGGCACCGUCACCCUCUGGUCCCCCAACAUGACGACCCCGCUCGUGAAGAUGCAAUGCCAUCGUGGACCCGUUACGGCGAUCGCAAUAGGUCAUUCGGGCGAGUACAUGGCCACGUCAGGACUGGAUGGUCAACUCAAACUGUGGGAUCUUCGGACAUAUAAGCCCAUUCAAGAAUAUUACACCCCGACACCAGCAUCAUCGCUCUCGAUCUCGCAACGCGGUCUGCUCAGUGUUGGGUUUGGUCCGCAUGUGAGCGUGUGGAAGGAUCCCUUCCGGACAAAGCAGGUUUCGCCGUACAUGAACCAUCUCCAGCCUGCGUCCGCAGUGCAUGAUGUGCAAUUCGUGCCGUUCGAGGAUGUGCUCGGAAUCGGACAUCGGGGCGGGAUCAGCAGUAUCAUCGUGCCCGGAGCCGGAGAGCCAAACUUUGAUGCAUUGGAGGCGAACCCGUUCCAGACAAAGAAGCAGAGACAGGAAAUGGAGGUGCAUUCGCUGCUGGAGAAGAUUCAACCAGAGAUCAUCACCUUGGACAGGGGUAUGGUCGGCAAGAGGGACGUGGCUCCGGUCCAGGUCUUGAACAAGGAGAAGAAGGAGGCCUGGGAGGCCGCGCAUCCGGAGGAGGCCAAGGAACUCAAGUUCAGGGCCCGUGGCAAGAACUCGUCCUCGCGUCGUCAUCUCAGAAAGAAGGCCAAGAACAUUGUCGAUCAGAAGAAGGUCGAGUUGCUGGAGAGGAUCGAGAGCGACAAGAAGGAGCGUGCGAAGAGGAGAAUGGGCAACCCAGACGAGCCCGUUACGGCCCUGGAUCGCUUCACUGGCAAGAAGAGGAAAAUCUAAAGCUCGGGAUUCAGCACACACCUCCAUUCUCUUUUGUCUACCAAGCAACAACACCAUCCACCUCACCCUUCGCAUCUUUUUCAUCACUCGUAAUAAAAGCAACAAACCAUAGAUUCAUACCAAGG